AUGCCUCCAAUCCCGGCAGCCGACCUUCAAUCUUUCUCUGAACAUCUUCAGAAAAGCACCCGAAUACUCGCCCUUCUAGGUGCCGGACUAUCGGCCUCUUCUGGGCUGCCUACCUUUCGAGGUGCUGGCGGUAUGUGGAGAACAUUCGACGCGAUGUCGCUGGCGACACCUGAAGCGUUCAGUGAGAACCCCGGAUUGGUGUGGCAGUUUUAUAGUUAUCGAAGACAUAUGGCAUUGAACGCGAAACCCAAUCGGGCUCACUAUGCCUUGGCGAAGCUUGCAAAUAUGAAUAAGAAUUUUAUAACGUUGAGUCAAAACGUGGAUGGUCUAUCGCCCCGGGCAGACCAUCCAGCUGAACAGCUACAUCUGCUUCACGGCUCAUUAUUUGACUUUCGAUGCACCGGCUUCUACUGUAAUUACUCUACGAAGAAUGAUUUUACGGAUCCACUUACCCCGGCACUGGCCAUACCAACUCAAGGCGUACACCCCGAGCCAUCCACAGACGACAAGACAGGUGAAGAAGCCACCAAGACAUUAUACGAAGCAAUGAAGUCGACCAGUAAGGAAAUAACACCGACAGAGCUCGACAUAUCAGAUCCCCUCGUCCCACUACCGAGUCUUCAAGUCGAAGAUCUACCCAAAUGUCCAGAGUGCGGAGGCCUGCUCCGACCGGGCAUUGUCUGGUUCGGUGAGGGACUACCUUCUCAAACACUGCGCGCAAUUGAUGACUGGAUAGCGGAAUCUCCAAAAGUAGAUUUGAUGCUGGUUAUAGGAACUAGUUCAAAGGUCUGGCCUGCGGCGGGAUACGUCGACUAUGCCCGAGAAAAGGGCGCGCGGGUUGCGGUUAUCAAUAUGGAUCGAAAUGAUGCUCCUGGAGGUGCUAAUGGGUUGAACGUAGGCGAUUGGUUUUUUGAAGGCGAUGCCAGUGAGAUCGUUCCGGAGAUUUUGAAGAGUGUGAUCGGUGAAGAUUAG